AUGCAGACUCUCAGCUCUCCGCUGGCCCUCCUCUUCCUGGUCACCCAGACCCCGGACCAACCCAUUGGGGAGGGAAAGGAAGGGGGCACAAUCCAGGAACCAGAGGCCACAGAGGCCCAGGAUGCAGCCGCCAUCCUGAUGGCUGCCAGAGCUGUGGACUGUGAUGCCUCAGAUGCUGAACGGCGAGGCAGCCGCAAAUGCCACUGCAGGGUGUCUUGCUACAUUUUUGAGAGACCCUGAACAGCGAAGGAUCUACUGCUCCUGCAAGACAAAUUGCUUCUUUUGGGAGCGAGUACGGGGGAGAUGCUAUCGAUCAAUCUUCAUCUACAGGCUUUGCUGCAGAUGAAGCAUCUCUCUCACAGUUCCCAUCCUGCGGGGACGCUCAUUACUCCUUUCUGUCCUCAACCUUCUCAACUAUGUC